AUGGAAAAAACUUUACAAAAUUCGUCGGCGCUCGUUGAUAAACAUACGUUAUCGAAAAUAAACAGCAAGCUACCUUUGACCCCUUCAUUGAACCGACGGCAUAAAUCAGCGAACGAACUUCAUUAUAUUGAUAUUGAUAGUGAUAGCGAUAGUGAUUAUGAUGAUGAAAAACUAAGAAAUAAAACGAAACCGAAUAUUGUGACGAAUUUACCUCAAAAUAAUACAAAUUCAUUAAUUGCUAUCAAUUUUAUCGGUGACUGUGGUAGUAAUCAUCAUCGUAAACGUUCGUAUAGUCGAUGUCGUUAUCAUAAAACGAAUGAAGAAAAGAGAAAUUUAGCAUUUGCUUCUGUAAAUCGAGCAUCAUCAUCUUGUCGUUAUUGUCGUUUAUCAACAAGUAGCAGCAGCAGCAGUGAUAAAGAGAGUCCAAAUGAACCAUAUUCAAUUUAUAAUUCAUCAUCGAAUCAGUUGCGAGGGAAUUUUUUUGCAUCAAAUAUUUCUGAAAUUGAUGCUUCUGUGAAUAAGUCGAAAAAAAAAUCUGCAAAGCUUAAAGGAACUAUAGCAAAGAAAGCGGAACGAAGAGCAGCUGUAUAUUCGAAAUCGAAAAAACUUAGCCAGGCUAAAUCAGAUUUUCGGUUAAAUACGAUUGAUGACGAAGCAACUGGUAAUUGUUGUGUUAAGCGUUCGUUAUCAGUGAAAGAUUUGAAUGGCGUAAUGGUUGAUUUUCGAAGCAUUGAUUCUGUACAAAAAUGGACAUCAGAAAUUUUAGCUGAAAUUGAUUCAAUACCAUCGAGUAGUUUUAAUUUGAAUACAUUGAUAAACUCGAAUGAACAAAAUCAAAUUCAAUUAAAUCAUGAAAAAUUUAUGAAAAAUUGCAACAAUUUUGAUGAAUUAGCGAUUAAAAAACGGAUUAACAAUGGAAUGCAAUCAUCAAUUUUAUCAAAAUACGAUCAUUUUAAUUCAGCAAAAAAUUUUCAAGCGGAAAAAUUAUCAUCACCAUAUUUUAAAAAAUCACAACAAUCGCCAAUUUUGAAAUAUCAAAAAGAAAAACUUAACGACUUAGUAGUACCACAGCCAUUGAAUGUUAGCAAUAUAGAUUCGGAUGCAAGCAGUUCAUCGCGCACAUUAACUCCAACACCAACUACAGAAAUGUGGUAUGUCACUAGCGAAUCGGAAAGCGAGAAUUAUAAUGAAUCGGUUUUAUUCAAUAAACCACGAAUUACUCUUCGAAAUGGUGAACGACAACAAUCUAAGGAAAAACAACUUUCAAGCAAUAAUCAAAUAUCGUUUCGCAAAUUAAUCAGUGAUAACAAAUUAUCAUCAGUUUCGAAAAUAUGCAAAUUUUUACCGAGGAAAUUAUCAAUAUUGGAUUCAUUUUCACGAAAUUCUCGAAAUGAUACAUUAAAAGCACAAAAAAUGAAUAAAAAUAAUAAUAGCGAUACAAAUCGCUUUACAAAAGAAGAGAAUGCAAAUGAAAGAUUAGUGGUGGAAACAAAAUGCAAUAAAGUGCCAUUAUCACGAAAAAUCAAGCUGAAGAAAAUUGGGUAA